AUGGAUGAUAGUACUUCGCAGUCCGGCAGCUGUGGAGCAGGCGACGCUCGUUAUGGUAAGGACGUCGCUCACGCCGCUGCGCCUUGCCCUGUUGCUCACCCGGAGGGCUCAUCUUCAACUGCUAAGUCGGCAGAUCCACCCGCGCCAACAUCACGCAUCUCCGUCAAGCAUGCAGCUAGUGUCAUUCAGAAGUUUGACGACUACAAGAAAUGGUUAGUAGAGCAGAUUGGUUUUGGGGGUAUGCUGAAGCUCCCAGCCGUGCAGAAGCUGAGUUUGGAGUGUAGCACCUGGAUAAUGAGCAGAGUCAGCGUGAGCCGUAGGGAGAUUAAACUUAGGGAUAACAAGGUACUCAGGUUUUUCACCGAGGAUGUCCACAAGGUUUUUGGGAUCCCAUGCGGUCACCGCAGCGUGAAAGGCAGGGAUGCAAUCAUCAAUCCUGAAGCUGUUCAUUUCAUAAAGACAACACUUCAAAUGGAUAAAACUGGAGUUCAUAGCUUGCGGGCUGCAGAAAAUUUCUUGUUGCGCGAUAUCAAUGAGAAUUCAUGCAAGUUGGAGAAGGAUUGUUUCCAGAUUGCUUUUGUUAUCUUUGUUAUGGGUCAUGUACUAGCACCAACUACUAAGCACAACUACGCCACCAUCGACUACUGGGGGGCGAUUGCAAAUACGAAGGCCAUAGUUCAGUUCAAUUGGUGCGAGUAUGUACUGGUACAACUUCUGGACGCAGUCAAGAAGCUGAAGAGUGACAUGCUGGCAAACAAUCAGUCCACCAAUCUAACGGGCUGCCAUUUUUUCUUCCAGAUUUUCUUGUUGGACAACCUUGAUCUCGGCAUUUUUAACAAGCCUCAUAACGCGAUCCCACGGAUAUCUGACUUCGACCCUGAGUCUUUUCGUAAAAUGUUGAUUAUGGCCGCUGAUCCGGUGAAAGGAAUUACUUCAUAUUCUCAUGCAAAUCUCAGAGAUGCGGCGACGGUCUGCUACACACGGCAGAAGUUUCCCUCAUCCGUUCCGUCGUCAUCAACGAGUAGAAGGCCGCCUAGCGGAUGUGCCACGCCUGCAAUAGGAACCCUUCCAUACAAAACUCCCUUACCAGAUCGCGACGCUGGCCAUCAGAUUAACACUGACGCAGCAAUGCCAUCUUCUGCAGCUCCUGGUCCAAUGGAAUUUGCAAAGUACUUGCGUGAGAAGCACCCACAUCUUGUAGCGGACGAGAUCACAUUCAUUAUGAAACAACAGUAUGCUAGGGGCCUUAUGCAGUUGACACAAGCCAGCAAUUCAAUCCAGCAGGCGUUGUUACAAGCAAGAAACGGAUUGCAAAUGGAUAUGUACAAGUUUUCAGACCAACUUAUCAACUCAGUUUCAACCCGUUGUGUGUGUUGCCGUGUGCGUGGUUUCACUGACUGCCCUGCUUCAGGCACUGCUAAUUCCAAAUCGGUGCGGUUUACCACGCCGGUUGCUCACAAAAUUCAGGGUAAAAGGCUAGAACUAUCUGAAUCUGAAGCUACAUCGCCUGUCUCACAGAACGUGUCUCUGCGCAAGCGUUCCGCCAAUAUGGAUGACUCCGUGUCUAGCAGCAAAAAAACGACGUCAGCAGCCUCUUUCAAUGUCGUAAAUCACUUCAAGGCUUGCCUCAUGUCCAUCGCUGAAAUGUAUGCUGACCUUCCUGCCAACCCCCCUAUAACUGUAUUCGGCCAACGUUCCAACAAUCUUCAGAAGAGGAAAUACAUAUUCCAGCACGGCUUCGCAACUGAUCCCUGGUGCAGGGGAGUUGCGCCGCAUCCCCCACAUGCACCAACAACGGACAUUAUUGCUGCCCAUUUCCUGGAGCUGUCACAGCAAGAUCUCUUGAGGCACUACAUUGUACACGCCAGUCCCAGGCUUAUCCGCAUUACUGGGAUGGCUAUGCUUGAUCAGCUAAUUGGAUCGCGCCCCCUUGACCAUGAGCUUGCCUCUAUAAUCAUGAGAAGGUAUUCUCAGUCCGAUCAGGAAGCCAAUUCGGAGUGCCCCUACAUGAAUUGGAGGCACAACAUUGAACCUGAAUUUGCGACCAUCGUUCUCGCUGACCACGAGUACUUGACAAACAUAUCAAUUCAGAAGCAGCUUGUUGGAAACGACAUCCCAUACGACAUUACAUCAUGCCAGAUGUUCUUCCUGCCUGUCCCACUCGAGGACGGCUGGAUAGUGAUCAUGUGGGACAUGAUGUCAAGGAAACUCCAUGUACUCGACCCGCUCAUCAGGGGUGAAGGUCCACACGACGCAACUAGAGACAAGCUCGAGAUGGUUGUCUGGAAGCUACACCACGCACUUUUCCAAUGCCUUAAUGAGUAUUAUGCUGGGUGGCCAACGCAAGACGGAUAG